AUGGAUUUCAACAAGAUCAUCGACACUGUUGGAUCGGCUGUCAAUGCCAACAAGGAACAGCUCAAGCCGAUUGUUGGUAUUGCAGCAGCAACCAGCGUCGCACUCUAUACAGCCUAUGCUUUGCGUAAAUCGAAAUCUUCUGUUCCUAAUGGCUUGAAGGAAGUGCCCACGGUACCUGAAGGCUCGGUCCCCUACUUUGGACAUUUGCUUGCCAUGGGAGAGUUACCUGCUCUUAAAAUAACCGAAUGGCAUAAGAAAUAUGGUCCGAUCAUUCGUGUUAAUUUUGGUGUUCAGUCCUGGGUGAUGAUUAGCGAUCCUUAUAUUGCCCAUGAACUUUUCAGCACCAAAGGCAGUGUCACUUCAGGCCGCCCUUGGCAGUUGUACAGCCAUCAAUAUUAUGCACCAGGCCAACGAGGUGUGGCAUUCCCUAAUCCAGGCAAACGUUGGAAAAAGACAAGAACAGCUGCUUUGGAAGUGCUUGCCCCUAAGAAUGUUGAACGUUUAAGCGAUGUCAUGACCCAGGAAGCUGACUACAUCGUCAAGUACUUGUUGAGUGCCUCGUUAGCCAAUGGCAGCGUUGACUUGGUGAAGCCUCUUCAAUUUUCAUCCAUGAAUGUGAUUAUGCAAGCUAGCUUGGGUAUGCGAGCUGAAUCACCAAGAGACCCGCUUUUCCGUGAUAUGAUUCAUGUCAUUGAUCGUGGCAUGAAAUUCGCUGGUCCCGCUGAAGAUAUGAGCUCCUUCCUUCCAAUUCUUUCGGUGAUGGAUGUUCUCUAUCGCAAAAAGAGCCGGUUGAACAACUAUAUCGAAAAGGAACGUACCCCACUUUUGAAGCGACUUAUCAAAGAAUCCCUUGACAGCGGCAAAGAAUGCUUGGCCAAAUGGUUGUAUGAAUACAAAGACGACGAGGAUAUCGAUGAUUACACCAUCUUGGUUACGUUGAAUGACAUUAUUGGCGGUGGUGCUGAUACAACCGCCGUGACGUUGGCUUGGUUCAUGUCGAUCCUUUGCCAUCAUCCCGAUGUGCAAGAGCGACUUCGUGCUGAGAUUGAUGCCUUCAUUUCGACACACAAGCGAUACCCCACAUUUUCCGAACGUGACAACUUCCCGUACCUCAUCUCUGUACAAAAAGAAUGUAUCCGUUUCCGACCCACCACUCACUUUGGCGUCCUUCAUCAAGCCACUGAUGAUGUGGAGACUCGCGGCUACUACAUUCCUAAGGGCACCGUGAUGGCCAGCAAUAUGUAUGCCAUGCAUCAAAACCCUGAUGCUUUCUCUGAUCCCGAAAAGUUUAUCCCUGAGCGUUUCAUGAAUAAUAUCAAGACCAUGUCGUCUUCUGCCAACUCUGGUAUUGAUAACCGUGAUCAGUACAACUUUGGAUGGGGAAGACGUAUUUGCCCAGGCAUUUAUUUGGCCGAAUCCGAAAUGUUUUAUGUGUUGACACGCUUGUUUGCCAAGGCUGUCAUCAAGCCCAAAUUGGAUGACCAAGGCAAGCCUUUGUAUCCCACACUCGAAGGUGCUCGAGACGCUGGUCUUGUCAUGCAGCCUCCCAUGUGUGAUAUUCGUCUCGUGGAAAGAACCGAUGCCAUCCCUAUCUAA